AAGAUGCCACUUGAACUAGACGACAAUUUUUGUUAGGUCUCCACAAGGAAAUGUCUGUCAGAGGGAUUACUUUAUUUUUUCGAAUUUGUACAACUCUGAAGUUACAUAGUUAGUCCUGGAAGGUCAUAUUUUAAAUACACUAGCUUUAAUACCAUCGGAUAUAUGUGUGUAAUUGAGUUUAGUAGAAGUCAAUUUGGCAAAUGGGAAACGGAUUAUUCAGAGAAUCUUGCCUUUCGUGGACUUGCUGCUCUAUGUAAUUAUUCGCUGCUGUACUGUUAGCUACUAGCUAGUGAUAACGCCUGAUAGUUAGCUAAAUCGUUUAAGAAAUUUGGGACCGUUGUGAUAGUAACUUGAGGGAGGCUUUUACAACAAGACAACUUCUUUAUUGGACGGAAUACGACGGAAGUGCAAGGAUAUAACUAAGAUUAUGUUGAAGUUGUUUCGAGCGGAAAUGUUUGUUUUUUACCAUCAGCUAGCAUCUAGUAAAUUAGCUAGUUAGUUGACAGGGGAUAUUCUCGGACAUUGGGUAUGGUGUUGUAACUUCGUAACGUUAACAAGGAAAUAACUUGCUAACGUUACCUACUUUAGAUUUGUUUAACCAUAUAAUUUAACAUAGCAAGUUAACGAUGCGGGAUUCAGUGAAUUUCAGUGUUCUCCAUAGAACCUGCAAGUUGGUCGUCCUUCUAUGUUUUUUCCAUAUUUCGGUCACUUUCAUUUUUUACGUGAGGUCGUUAAAUUUUCGUUUUGCAUUUGCGAAGCACGACCAAACUGCAUCAAAGGACACAGUACCGGACGCGUUUGAAACGAACCACUUUUCUGUAGACAACGUGACUACAAUCACCAAAGAGCUUGGAAAAUGUCCUGACACAUCGCCACUGCUUGUUGGCCCACUGCGAAUUGAGUUCUCCAACCCAGUCAGCCUGGACGUGGUAAGGAAGGAAAACCCCAAUCUUAAGAAUGGGGGGCGCUUCAAGCCCAAAGACUGCGUGGCCCUCCAGAAGGUGGCCAUCAUCAUCCCUUUCCGCAACCGCGACGAGCACCUCAAGUUCUGGCUCUACUACCUCCACCCCAUCCUUCAGCGCCAGCAGUUGGACUAUGGCGUCUAUGUCAUCAACCAGGACGGCAAUGAAGUCUUCAACCGUGCCAAGCUCCUCAACGUUGGCUACUCGGAGGCCCUGAAGGAGUACGACUACGGCUGCUUUGUGUUCAGUGACGUGGACCUCAUCCCCAUGGAUGACCGCAACACCUACAGGUGCUUCAGACAGCCCAGGCACCUGUCUGUUUCCAUGGACAAGUUUGGCUUCAGAUUGCCGUACAACCAGUACUUUGGAGGCGUGUCGUCAAUGAGCAAGGAGCAAUUCCUCAAGAUCAACGGCUUCCCCAACAACUACUGGGGCUGGGGAGGAGAGGACGACGACAUUUUCAACAGGCUGAACUCCAAGGGGAUGACCAUCUCACGGCCCAGCGGAGCCGUGGGGAAAUGCAGGAUGAUCCGCCACAACCGGGAUGGUGGGAACGAAGACAACCCACAGAGGUUCGACCGCAUCGCCCACACCAAGGAGACCAUGAACAAAGAUGGCAUAAAAACCCUGUCGUACAAAGUGGUCAAAGUGGAGAAGGAUCAAUUAUACACCAAAAUCACUGUGGACGUGGGGAAAAAAAUGACUCUGCAAACCAAUUAAAACCUGAACAGCCUUGACAACCAAUUUGCCACUGUGGUGGAUGCUGUAACCAAAUGUGCCUUGACACUAUAAAUAAUAUUAUGCCUUGGACUCUUUGGACCAUAGAGAAUGACUGAUCUAAUCAGCAAACAAACAUGUUCCCCAAUAUUCCCUUUAUUUUCGGCCUUUGCACAUCCGAUGGUGAAUUGAACUGGGAUUCCAGCGUUUCCAUCAUAGGAUGCUUAAUGGAAGACCAAGUCUUUUGUGAGCCAUUUUGUCUUGAGGGGGAGGUUGUGAAAUGUCUAAUUGAUUGUCCUAUGCAUCAGGGACUCUCAAAUAAUGUGUUUUGUCACUUCUGGGGAAUUUCUUGCUAAUCCUUUUUAAUGCCUCUGCUGAGCAGGGUUUCAACCAAUCAAAUGCCAAGAGGUCGGGCCAAAGAUGGAACUCUGCAAUUCGGAGGUCAAUAACAAACGAAAUCACUUAGGUUUUUUUAAGAAAACCAAUCUUAAAGGAUUUUUGUUCUGAUGUUCCAUCAAGAUUUUGAACUUACCCCAAAGGGCCUAGAAUUCCAAAAACAAAUAGUUGAAACGGCCAAAUCCCAUGAUAUUUACGUUAGGCAUUCUAAUUCUCACUGCUAAGGGUCCUUAAAGGAAAAUAUUUGGGUAUUUGUUUUUCGUUAGUCUAUUGUUGAUAUAGUCCUAAAAUGUUUUGCAUGUCAGCAAUCAAGUUUUCAAGAUGCAUAACUUUUGAAAUACAGCCAGUAUGAUGCAUUUUGCAUCAUAUAGGUUUUAGGUGUUUUUUUUGUUGAGUAUUUUGAACUAUGUGAAAAGUGUCUCUGCUGAAGCUCCCUUCCCUGUGAAGACCACCAUUCAAGGUAGCCUGUAAGGAGGCCUCUCCUUAGUUGGAAAAGAGGCACCUGAAUGUAUUGCCUGGUGGUGGUGUGAUUGUGUACCCUGGGGUAAAAUGAUACUGCGCUGUUGUCUAUCACGAGUGUCUGGUGUUGUGAUUUUUUUUUUUUUUUUUUUAAAGUCUGAGAUGGGGGGGUUCUACGCAAAAAAAUAAUCCUCUUGUAUUCAUUGUAUGUGAGAGGGUUGGGAAACUAUUUUUUUACUCUUUUUAAGUUUUGGCCUCGAUGUAGUAACCAAACCACAGGAGGUUGUUGGCACCUUAAUGAGGGAGGACAGGCUCGUUGUAAUUGCUGGAGCGGAAUGGGGGAAUGGUAUCAAACACUUGAUUUUCACGUGUUUGAUGCCAUUCCAUUUGCUCCGUUAUGGUUAUUAUUAUGAGCCGUACUCCCCUCCGCGGUCUCAUGCCACCACAGGUCCUUAUCGUUCCUCAUAUACAUUGAAAACUACACAAGAUUGUGCGUUAUGAGGCAUGGCAUUGCACAUGUACAGUUAAUCUUAUUGAGGGGAAAAAGCCAUUGCGAUUUCUGACUGGAGACUAGAUAUAACAGUGAUUGUCUGUCCAUACUUAGGCUUCCAUGUUUGCUUCUUAAUUCUGUCAGAAGAGGAAUGGCAAUCAGCCCUUGAAGAAUCUGUAAAAUGACAGCCAUUUUUGCCUUACCCAAAUAAACUUGAAAAUAUCAAUGAAUUGGUCAACUUUGAAACAUUAGGAGAUAUGGGUGUACAUUAACCGCUAAAGCUAAGUCAGUAAUUCCCUAGCUGUUCCCCAAAAGUGUUCCCCAAGAUGCUGUACUAUAGUUAACCGUUUCCCAAGAUGCUGAACUACAGGGUUUUUGGGCUCGGUCAAGAAAGCCACAUCACAGGCUUAUUCAACUACGGUGAAACGUUGCAAAUAGAAAUCCUUCAUAUAGAAUGAGCACAAUGUACAUAGCAAAUAGAGGUUUUUGUCAGCUCUAUGCAACACAUUUCUAUACUCAAAAUGGGGAGUGUUUGCCACAUUGAAUAAGCCUAAGGAAAGGCCUAGUCACCACAUACCACCUCACUCUGUCUGGUAGCUACGUACAGACACUCAAAGACAUUGGAGUUGUCCCAUGAUGUGCAGUCUUGCUCUUUAAGCCUGGCAUGCAGGGCUGCAUUAUGUACAGUGCAUAGCAUUAUAUACUUUCUACCUAAAGAUUCAUUUUCAAGGUUGAAAACCAGUGUCUUUUAUAGGUUGGCUGAAGCCAGGUUUGUUUCUCCCAAAGACAAUGGCCUUUUUUGAGAAAGCCAGCAUUAUGUAUGCCAAGUGUGAAUUCGGUUUGUUUUACAAUAGUUAGCUGGCUAAUCUGUAAGGCUUCUAUCUUUUUACUUUUCAUGUUUUCCAUUAUGAUUCAACGUGUACAUGUGUGCUUGUGAUUUCUACAAAUGCAUGUGUCUUUAUGUCUUUUGCUGGCAUAACAAUUUCAUUCAAAAUUACAUUUCCUGGUUUGUGGGAAUGUUGGUGAAGAUGAAACAACUCAUGUUUAGGUAAUUAAAAUCUUUGAUUUAA